UUAGUGCGGAAGACUCAGUGCUGUGCUCGGGCUGAGGCUCGGGGUGGUGGUGCUACGGUGAGGAUGUCCCGCCGCAGUCCCCGUCUGGCCACCAACGGCUAUUACCAGCACAACGACGACACCUCCAGCAGCAGCAGUGGCUCCGCCAAAUCCGGUGCUCCCUCUUACAAGGAGACUCCCGUCAGGUUGCACAAGAAAAGGUCAAACAGCAAGGGGCCGGGACCUGUGCCUGACGUUAAAGGUUCGCCGUCCAACAGUUCAGUCAACAGUCUGAGUAGCUACAUCAGCAACACCUCCAAGCGCUCUCAGCACUCUCAGCACUUCGGCAGCUGCAGCGGCUGGCAGGAGCCCGUCGGUUUGGCCUACUCUGAAUCAUUCUCUCCCCUUGCCAAGCUGUGGGGCUGGAUCUCGCUACUGUCUCCAGAAAAAGCUUUGUCCCUGGUGUACUGGUGGUUGGGCACAGCCUUGUACCAGUUAACAACGGCUAUCUCCUUGAUCGAUGUCUUUACUCCUUUCAGGUGUGUCCCUCACGUGAAGAAAUGGAUGCUGCUGGUGUGUGUUGGCCUCUUGAUGUCAUCCAGAGGUAUCUGGUCUCGUCCUGAGAAGCUGGGCGCGCUGGAAAGCACUCAGGAAGUGGAAAGCAUUGUGGAGCAAGCCCUGAAACUGUACAGCGCUGACAGGGUUGGAUUGGUGGAUUAUGCACUGGAAUCUGCUGGUGGCACUGUGAUCCACACACGCUGCACAGAGACGUUAGAGACCAAGACUAUUCAUAGUCUGUUUGGCUUUCCACUGUGGUACCAAUCUCACUCACCCAGAGCUGUCAUUCAGGUAUAUAAUCCUUGUACUGCUGCUCCCUACUGUCUUGAAAGCAGUGACCUUCGAAUCCUCUCCUAG